CGCCUCGUCCUGCUCCUCCUCCUCCUCCUCCUGCUCCUCCUCCUCCUCAGUACUCCCAGCUAUAACUACGCUCCGAACCAGGAUAAGCACUGGAUCAUGCGUUACACCGGCCCCAUGAAGCCCAUCCACAUGGAGUUCACCAACAUGCUGCAGAGGAAACGACUGCAGACGCUUCUGUCUGUGGACGACAGCGUGGAGAAGCUGUACAACAUGCUGUUGGAGACCGGCGAGUUGGAAAACACCUACAUCAUCUACACGUCUGAUCACGGCUACCACAUCGGACAGUUUGGACUCGUCAAAGGUAAAUCCAUGCCGUACGAGUUUGACAUCAGAGUCCCGUUCUUCAUUAGAGGACCCAACGUGGAGCAAGGCACCAUUAACCCUCACAUGGUCCUGAACAUCGAUCUGGCUCCGACCAUCCUGGACAUCGCCGGCCUCGACACUCCUCCAGACAUGGACGGGAAGUCGAUUCUGUCUCUACUGGACACUGAAAAACCUGCUAACAGGUUCCAGGUGAACAAGAAGCCGAAGGUGUGGAGGGACUCGUUUCUGGUGGAGCGAGGGAAGCUGCUGCACCAGCUUGUCGAGGGAAAGGAAGUGUCGCAGGAGGAGAACUUCCUUCCCAAACACCAACGAGUAAAAGACCUCUGUCAGAGAGCCGAGUACCAGACGCCCUGUCAGCAGAGUGGACAGAAGUGGCAGUGUGUGGAGGACGCCACAGGUAAACUUCGGCUCUUCAAAUGUAAGCACGACGGGGGAGGAGCUAAGAACUUACAGAGGGGCGUGACCGGUCGUCAGCGUCCACUCAGCAUCAAGUUUCAGCUGUACCAUCGCAACUCUGACGCCUGUGACUGCGGCCUCAGCGACCUCCGACCUCCGAACCCGAGACCCUCCAUCAUGAGACCAUUCAACAAGAAACCUUUCUUCUCCAAGAAGAAGUUCAAAGCCCUGAAGAGUUACUCCAGGAACCGUUACAGCCGCUCUGCAUCCAUGACGAACAGUUACCCCGGUAACCAGAGCAUGGUGGACGGGACCGAUUGGGCUCAGCCAAUCAGAGACGAGUCUGAGGACGAGUUCAGUGGGAUGGGAGGAGCUACCAAUGCCGUGGCUCCGCCCAACUCCCACAAAGUCACACACAGAUGUUUGAUUCUGCCCAACGCCACAGUGAAGUGUGACACAGGAGUGUAUCAGUCUCUGCAGGCCUGGAAGGACCACAAGCUGCACAUUGACCACGAGAUUGAGACGCUGCAGACGAAGAUAAAGAACCUGCGAGAGGUCAGAGGUCACCUGAAGAAGGCCCGACCCCUGGAGUGUGACUGUAAUAAAUAUCUGUAUAAGUCCAAACUGAAGAAUAAGCUGAGGUACAGAGGAGGUGGCGGGCACCCCUUCAGGAAGGGCGGAGCCCGGGACAAGAAGGCGUGGCUUCUGAAGGAGCAGAAGAGGAGGAAGAAAAUGAGGAAAAUGAUCAAGAGGAUGAAAAACAACGACACGUGUUCGAUGCCCGGACUCACCUGCUUCACCCACGACAACCAACACUGGCACACUGCGCCCUUCUGGACACUGGGUUCGUUCUGCGCCUGCACCAGUGCCAACAACAACACCUACUGGUGUCUGAGGACGAUCAACGAGACCCACAACUUUCUGUUUUGUGAGUUUGCCACCGGCUUCCUGGAGUACUUCGACCUCAACACAGACCCAUACCAGUUGAUAAAUGGCAUCAGCUCUUUAGAUCGGACGGUCCUCAAUCAGCUUCACGUUCAGCUGAUGGAGCUCAGAGGCUGCAGAGGACACAAGCAGUGUAAUCCUCGCACACGCUCAAUGGAGCAGGGAGGGCGGGAUCAUGGCAGCUUCGAUGACUACAGGAUGUUUGAGAGGAGGAAGUGGCCGAGAAUCAAGAAACCUUCAUCAUCUCGAACCCUAGGUCCGAUCUGGGACGGCUGGAAGGGCUGAGUCUGCUGAGCAGGCUCCUGAAUCCACCCGCAGCAGCCUGAAGGAGCAGGGCGUGGUCGUCGAGACGGCGGCACCGGUCAACAACCACGCCCCCGUCUCACCGGCCAGCCAAUCAGACUUCUGCCAUCUCUGUGACAUCACUUGCCCCCCCCCCCCCCCCCCCCGCCCUGCUGCUCAGGGAGACGCUGGGACAAAACUCCAUCCAUCACCUCCUCCUCCUCCUCCUCUGAGGAGGGCUGCUCCGGUUGGAGGAGGACAGAGACGAAGAGGAGGAGGAGGAGGACAAUGGUGAUGAAGAGGAGGACACAGUAUAACUUUAGAUGUUGCAACCUCGGUAGAUAAACUCUGCAGACGACAGUAAAAUAUCAGCUUCCUGCUCCCAACUCAAGUCAGAUAUUUAUCUGAUAUUCUUAUCGAGUCGAUUCUGUUAUUUGAUUCAUAGAAGUUUUAUCUUUUUAAACUAGAAAUAAAUCUUCAGUUCAGUUACAA